GCUCUGACAACUGCAGUUUAAGGAAGAAUCGUUUAUAAUUAUUUAUACAAACAUUUUCUAACUACCCCGAUCUAUAAUGUUUAAAAAAUUAAAUGGAAAAAACAAAACAAAAAAACAACUUCGCUCCAAAUGGCCCUGCGUAGAUUCCGUUGGAGCGACAAAUCUCGCGAGAUCUCGCAUUGCUUCGUACCAUAGAAAUACAAAUACGGUAUAUGUGCAUGACAGGUAGUUCUCAGCUAAGCUAGCUAUAUUUUGCAGUCUCUCGAAUUGACUGCAAUGGACGCUGUAAGAGCCCAGGACGAGGCGGACAGGCCGCGACAUCGGCCUUUCCUGAUCGGGGUCAGCGGAGGAACGGCCAGCGGCAAGUCGACAGUUUGCGCCAAGAUCAUGGAGCUCCUGGGUCAGAAUAAGGUGGACCAUCGCCAGAGGAAGGUGGCAAUCAUAAGCCAGGACAGCUUCUACAGGGUCCUGACUCCAGAUCAGAAAGCCAAAGCACUUAAAGGCCAGUACAACUUUGAUCACCCAGAGGCAUUCGACAAUGAGUUAAUGUACCAAACACUGAAGGACAUUGUGGAGGGGAGGGUAGUUGAAGUGCCAACGUAUGACUUUGUCACCCAUUCCAGGUUGGAGGAGAGGAUCACAGUUUACCCGGCGGAUGUGGUCCUCUUUGAGGGGAUCCUCGUUUUCUACCCGCAGAAAGUGCGUGACAUGUUUCACAUGAAGCUCUUUGUGGACACAGAUUCAGACGUCAGACUGUCUCGCAGAGUUCUGCGAGACAUGAACAGAGGGAGAGACCUGGAGCAGAUUCUCAGUCAGUAUACAACAUUUGUCAAGCCGGCUUUUGAAGAGUUUUGUUUGCCUACUAAGAAGUACGCAGAUGUCAUCAUUCCAAGAGGGGUUGACAAUAUGGUGGCCAUUAACCUCAUUGUACAGCACAUCCAAGAUAUUCUGAAUGGUGACAUCUGCAAAUGGCAGCGUGGGUCCAUGAAUAGCCAAGGACGUGCUUUUAAACGGGUCAUUUCUGAGCAGGGUGACCUGCAGAAUGGAUCCGCUAACCCUCCAGGAAAGAGGGUCCUGCUGGAACCCAGCAGUCGGCCUCACUGAGACGGCGCGGAUGCAUCCCGGAUUUGAUUAUUAUAGGCUUUGAGCUGGAAUUGCUGCUACAGAUUUCUCUUUUUUCUUGUGCAGAGUGGGUCAGACACACUCUGCAUUAUUUUAAAAUAUUGCCCAUAAUCACAUUUUGCAACAUCUUUCCCA